UCUGAGAAUAAUGGAGGAGUGGCUGGCAUGUUGUGGGAGCGCCAAAUUUGCUCAACAAAUGGCGGCCGUCGCUCCCUUCUCCAACCCCCAAGAAGCCAUCGAUGCUGCCAAAGAUAUCUGGUUCAAUAAAGUUGAUGUGAAUGGAUGGCUAGAAGCGUUUGCUGCGCAUCCUGCCAUCGGCGAAAGCCCUUCCAACACCGUCAAGAGCCCAACCACUACUGCUGAGUGGAGCAACGGAGAGCAGUCGACUGCUUUAGCAACUGCUACUGAUGCCACAAUACAGGAGCUAUAUUAUUGGAACUCUCAGUACAGGCAAAAGUUUGGUUUUGUCUUUCUCAUAUGUGCAUCUGGAAGAAGUACCCCUGAGAUACUCACUGAGAUUAAGAAACGGUACCUUAACAGGCCAAUCAUUGAAUUUGAGCUUGCGGCCAAGGAACAAAUGAAGAUCACUGAAUUACGUAUCUCCAAGCUAUUCACAGCUAAUGCAACUUCUGCUUCCACCACCAGGACCCCGAGAUGUGGUGACAACAGCCAGAGAUUGCAUGAAUGUGAUUGGAGGCCAUUUGACCACUGCAAAGGAGCCUCCUGAAGCCGAGCCCUCAAGAGCAUUCACAAGGAUACGGCCACCAAUCACGACCCACAUCCUCGAUGUAGCUCGUGGCACUCCAGCUUCUGGCGUUGAUGUGCUUCUGGAGAUGUGGGCAGACAAGCAAUCGCAGCCAUUGU